AUAUAAAUCAUUUAAGCAAUACUCCUCGGUUCUGAGCAAGUAUUACAAUUUAUUUUGAGCAAUUUCGUAGAUCCAUUAAUUUUAAAUUUCCAAAUAAAAUUGUAAUUUUUAUUUUUCUUUUAAGGAAACGGCCAAUUCUGGGGUCAACUUCUUCAUUUGCAAGUUCCCUAAAAAAUUAAGUCUGCAAGGGGUGAGAUUGAGAAGCACACCAUUUGAUCUCACAAGUCACAAGGAAGGUACACUUACACUACUUUCCCAACUUCCGAUGGAUCCGUUAAUGGUGGUGGGUAGUUCCCCACACCCAUUAACCAUUAACGUGUUUGGUACUUUUCCACUUCCCUCCUUUUCCCUUAUAUUAUACAAAUUGUACUGUUUUCAUCCCUUUUGUUUCACUUUCAAUACGAUUCUCUCACAAUUUCACCAUGUCAUCCAUCUCCAUUGUUACUUUGAACUUCAGCAAGGGGCUGAAAUUGGGGUUAUGUUCAAUUUGGUUAUCGGGGUUCCUUUUAAUUUACUUCUCAUUUUGUGCUACUCAGUUCUUGCCUUCUGUUAAAGUUGAAAUUACAAAACCAAGAAUUUUUUACCCAACAAGUUUAGUAAAUUACAAGGGUACUCCCAAUAUAACCAUUUUUAGUGCUCCUAGUCCUUUUAAUGGUUCUGUUGGAAGAAGACAGGAUCUUGCUGUUCGAUCAUGGCUUGGAUUAUCUCCUAACAUCAAUGUUGUGCUUUUUGGGAAUCACCCAUCUCUUCAUUCAUUUGCUUCUUCCUUUGGCUCUCGAGUUUAUGUUGAAUCUGACAUCGAUUCCUCAUUUCUAAAUGUUCCAUUCUUCCAUUCCAUGAUUGCUAGAGCAGAGUCAUCCUCAUCCGAUAUUUCUGUUCUUAUCCAUCCUGAAACCGCGCUCCUUCCAGACUUUGUUUCCACUCUAACACAUGCGUAUGAACUCGAUCAUGAUUGGUUUCUCAUUGCUAAUUCAAAAAGAAUCCCUUUCUUCCCGUUCUCAUUGGAUGAAGUUGGGAGACAAUGGAUACGAGAGGAUGGUAAACCCAUUCCACUGCAGAAGUUGCAGGAGGUUCCUGCUCAGACCUGGCAUUGGGAUUACUGCGAAGAUAGGAUGCUCAUGGCAUGGAAAAACACGGGUAUUCCCUUACAUAUGGGUGUUCUCCCUCCCUUUUUAUACGGGAAAGGCCUACACAACCAUUGGUUCGUCAAUGAAGUAUAUCAUUCCAACUAUAGAUUUCUGUUUGAUGCAAGUUGGACUAUCUCAAAUAUUCAUUUACCUGAUUCAGAUUAUCACGAACCUACUCAAUCUGCUAGUGUGUGCGCCAAUCGGUCAGAUACAAAGGACUGGGAGUACCAUGGUAAUCUUCAACUUGCGGAAUUAUAUGGCUUGUUUUCUUCUCAACAAGUUGAUUUUUCUGAUUUCAUAAAGCUUGUGAAGUGCGGUAGGCAAUUUAUGUUUGCCGACAAAGACCAGAAUAUCGUUUAUUCACCUGAACAUCAUAGCUCAAGUAGGUUGUUGAAGGGCCGUUUUAUACUAUCUGGAAGGACAAAGAAAUUAAUCAAUUGUCUUGCUGAUUUUGGAACAUCGGCUUGGACUAUUAAUAGCUCUCAUAAAAGCAAGAUGAAUGCUUCGAUGCUGCUGCAUCUUCCAUAUGACUUGGAAAUGCUCUUGUCUCUUCGAGCUGACGAGAACAAGACUGUUGUACUUGCUGUUGCUGGAUACAGCUACAAAGACAUGUUAAUGAAUUGGGUUUGCAGAUUGCGGCACCUAAUGAUUAAUAACUUUCUUGUUUGUGCCCUUGAUGAUGAAAUAUAUGAGUUCUCUAUCCAACAGGGCAUCCCAGUUUUCAGGGACUCAUUAGCUCCAAGAAAUAUCAGUUUUGAUGAUUGCCACUUUGGGACUAAGUGCUUUCAAAAGGUCACCAAGACAAAGUCCAGAUUGGUUUUGCGGAUUUUGAAGCUGGGGUACAAUGUACUUCUAAGUGAUGUUGAUGUAUACUGGUUCAAAAAUCCAAUACCAUUGCUUCAGACUUUUGGUCCUGCGGUUCUUGCUGCACAAUCUGAUGAAUACAAUCUAACAGUGCCAAUCAAUUUACCGAGGCGCUUGAACUCUGGUUUCUAUUUUGCUCGAUCGGAUGAUUCAACAAUUACUGCCCUAGAAAAAGUGGUCAAGCAUGCCAUGACUUCAGACCUAUCAGAACAGCCAAGUUUUUACGACACUCUGUGUGGUCUUAAUGGCACAAAUCGCGUUGGAGACAACAAAUGCUGGGAACCCAGAACAAAUCUUACUGUCCAGUUUCUAGAUAGAAACUACUUUCCUAAUGGAGCCUACCAAAGCUUGUGGGCUGAAAGAAAUGUUCGAGAAACUUGUGCAAAAAGGGGAUGUUAUGUUCUUCAUAAUAAUUGGAUUAGUGGUAGAUUAAAGAAGCUAGAACGUCAGAUACAUUCAGGUCUAUGGGAUUAUGACAUUAGCUCAAGGAUGUGCUUGCAGAGCUGGCACAGAAUGUAGGUAAUUAAUUUCACCUGAAGUGCAAAACAAGAUCUUAGUGCUGCGUUAUUCGGUGCAUACUUUUGUAGGGAAAAAGAAGAGAUGUAUAUGAGAAACAAGAGGUGUAAGGUGCUUGAUUGCGAAUAGUAAUGAUGCUUACAAAAAGGAAUGAUGCUCGUUGAGAUAUGCUAAAAGAGCUGUUUGAACGGUGCUAAAGGAAAUAUGUUAAACUAGGGAUAGCCGGAUAGGUCAUGAAUUUUUCAUGAUGCUUUUUCAUGGAGGAGUUUCUGAAGCAUGUCUGAUUGUUGCAUAGAUUGUAUAAUAUUAAAUGUGUACAUGAUCUGGAAUCAAUCAAGAAUCAUUUCGGUGAACUUGACGGUUUCUGGUGGAGAAUCUUGCUUCAAAUGAAAGUUCUGGUCUGUUUGGCAUUUAAUGAAAGGAUGUGAUACAAAUUUCUUGUCCGAGUAGAAGCUGCUAAAAGUGAAACACUGUCCGACUUGAGCGAGUUCAGUGGAUCAUCCAAUAUGUUAUGGUAUGCCAAUUUUCAUCUUUCCAUUACAUUUGAAAUCAAUUUUUGUCUACGACUCUACGACUACAACGCUUAUGCAUAUGCCAUGUAUAGUCAAUGCAUGUUAAUCAAAUUAUGUAUAUGCUCAUUUGCUUCUAGUUGGCACGGUUUUUAUGUGUAUCUGAUAUCUGAUGUUGAUUAAGAUGUUGGCAUGAUAUCAAUUUCACUAUUUGGAGGAAACUGGCUUUUAUUGAGUUUUUGCACGUCUCUACACUGUACAUUAUAUCAAGCUUUCUGAAUCGUGUGCUGAAAGACUGAACUUUCGGAAGAUGUUAUAUGAAGUCCGUUCAAGUUUGCUAUA